UAUGACCGUAUGUGGCUCCAUUUACAAAGUUCAGUGAUACAUGUGUUUGGUUUUUUGCUAAAGAAGGUCAGUCGUUGGAGAAAAUAACUCUGCAGCUAGCACAAGUUAGGACUGUUUCCCAAAGCCGUCGGACUGGACCCAGAUGACCUCACAGCUGUGUAAUGUAUGUAGGCCAGUUGUGUUAAGUUCUGGGUUCAGCAGUUCCCUGUGAUUGGAUGCUCCGGCACAAAUCUUGAUCCCUGCUUGUGUCAAACGGCUUCUACUUGCAUAUGACGGCCACAGGCUAAGCCAUUAAUGCUAGAUGAUGCAGCAGUGUAUAAUCAGCACUCACUGGCAGAGCUGACAGAGCAAACAUGCGUGUGCUUAUGGACAGCAGCUGGAUACAGUUUGGCCCGGCAGGACGGGGCUCAUACGACUGGGUCGCAGGUGCAUCUGCGUCGCCAUCAACUGAGAACCGUCUUAAGGGUUACUGGAACGAGCUGGCUUCAAACAAGGUCGGAGAGAGAGCGGAGGAAACGCUCUAUGUUGCCAUAAUAACGGGCUCGUUGCUCUUCCUCAUUGGAAUCGCCUUGUUCGUUUACAGAAGAUGUUUCAGGGUCAAAGAGAACACGGCCAAAGUAAUAACACUGGAUUUUGACGACGCUAAUGGCACCGCUGAAUUUCUGUCCACUUUGGAGGAAGGAGACAGAGCCGAAGAAGAGAGCGACGGGGUUUUUCUGAUGGUUUAUCUACCGGCCCCAUACGAGAAGACCCUCACGAAGAUAGCGCGCGCCGCCAGCACUUCCAGCUCCCACAAUGAAGUGGAGAUUGUGGAAUUAGACACAGAGAACUCCACUGAUCAAGAGUGACCAUUCAAAGUCCAUAUUUUCCCUCCAGUGUAACGCACGCAUCGAUCCAUAUAAUGCAUGAACACUAACAAAAAGCACAUGGUACUCUGGGAUGGUACUAGCCCAUUGUUUUCAUUUGAAGGUGGCCUGCUUUGGAAUCCCAUGUAAAUAGCAUUGUGCAUGAAUAUGGUAAUAAUUCACUAACACUAUAUCAAUGUACCAUAGUGCUAAUACCACCACUUUACCAUGGUAGCCUACCACCACAGCAGUUUUUGUAAGGAAGUAGUUGCUUUUGAAUCCUUAUGAUCUAUGAAACUACAAAAUAUGUAUUAAUCGAAAUAGCAAGUCUACAAAAGGAUGUGCAUUUUUAUUAAUUUCACCAUAAAUGCAGUGAUUUUGAAUUCUAGUAGUAUUGUAUAUAAUAAAGUGUGUAUAUACAGUGCAUAAAAUAUAUUAUUUGCAAAUGUUAAAUGGUUUUAAUAGUUUUGAGAUCUUUUUUUUUGUAAAAUAAUUUUACCACAUCAUUAUUUCAUUGGUGACAUAACUUUUUUUGUUAAUGUGUAAGCACAUCUCUAGUUAAUGUCAGCUCUUUUACCACAUUAUGUGAUUUUGUUUUAAAAUUAAAUUCACCCGCAAGUAAAGUGAAAUAAAAUUAAAUUGU